AUGUGCUCUAUAAUCCCCUAUGCUAACCCCUCCCAGGCAACGCCCUGCAAGAGUCAUGAGGGGUCCUAUAAGUUUAAUUCACUUACUUGCGAACAGUGCGCUCCAGAUGUGGGUUACAUAAAGCAGUGCCACAUAAAGGCCAUAGAUAGAAAGCACAACAUGAUAAACAUUAAAGCAUUUUUAAAUAAAACGAUCUCUCAGCUUGAGAUCCAUUUUAAGAUUGUCAAACGCGAGAGUGGCGGUUGGCAUCCCUUUUUGUACGAUAUAAGACUGGACUCUUGUCAAUUCUUAAAGAACCCAAGGAAAUUCUUUAUUCCCAAUCUUAUUUAUUCGUUUAUGAAGCCAUACACAAAUGUGAAUCACACUUGCCCGUACUUGGCUGGUUCAGAAAUGCAACUUUUGAAUUGGACUCCGGACGAAGGCAAAGUUUUAGCUAAAUUUCCCGUAGACCACGGCCAAUAUGGCCUACAUACAACUUUUUACGUCAACAAAGUAGCGACAUUAAAAAUAAAUGGCUCGGUUUUAUUUUUUAAAUAA